UCAUAUUCUCCAAUUCAAACUGACGUUACAAUCGAAGUUGCAGCUGAUGCUUCUUCACCCGACCUUAUGGCUUCGGAAAGCAUUAGUACCAAAAUAGCCUCAGUAGGAAGGGAAUUAUAUGAGAAAGUGUCAACUAUGCCACCUUAUAAAGGUGCUAUUGUCGGUAUGGUUGCAGCACCAGUCCUUAUUCCACCCGUGGUAGCUGCAGCUGGAUUUACAACUGCAGGAAUUACCGCUGGCUCGUGGGCAGCAACUAUCAUGGCUUCUUACGCCGGAUAUGUGCCAGCUGGAAGCGCUUGCGCUGUAUUGCAGAGCAUUGGCGCUGCAGGACUCGGCACAACAGGGACGGCGAUGGGUGGAGCUGUUGGACAU